GCAACGUAGAACCGUGACGUCUGUAACUAUUCGAAUAAAUAAAUGUGGUACGGACAUAUCGAGCCACUGUCCGGUUCCAUACAGGACGUUCCGAUCACUCAGAGAGUGACAUGACACUCACGAUGAAGUCAUUCGCACUCGUUUUUUGCUAUUCACUUUUUGCGGCUGCCUGUGCUGCCCCAUACGAGUCACGAAAAGUGAGUAAUGGCACCGAGGAAACAGAACAAGACGAAUUUCUACGAGAUGCUCUGACCACGAUUUGUCGUGCUGUGGAAUCAUGGGUUGAAAAUAACACGGCACUGGAACCAAUGGAGUUGCAGCGACGUCUUGAGAAGCUAGUUGAUGACACGUUGGAACGAAACAAGGCAUUCGCUGCUAUUGGGAAUGAAGAAGAAGAAGAUGAUGACUCCGUAAUUGAAUACGGACUUGGCAAGAAACUGAAGAAGUGGAGGAAGAAGGCAAAGAAAGCGCUGAUCGAUGCUGCAAAAGCGGUCGCUAUCCAGAAGGCAGUCGGUGCUGCAGCUGCUGCUGUAGGAUGAAACAUAUCAAGACAUCAUAACAUCUGAAAAAACAAGGCGUUGAUGCUCUCGAUGGUGUUUUAUUUUGCCAGCAAAGGCUCCAAGCAAAAGAUGCGUUCCACUAUAAACAGUUACGUUUGAGUCG